CAAAAGAGAAAAGCGAGGCGAGAAAGAGGAGGGAGAGAGUGGAGGGAGCGCUUAAUAAAAGAGGGAGGGAAAGUAAAUACAAAGCAUUUGUGGAAUAUAAAGAAAAACAUUCUUUAUAACAAUCUCUCGAUAAUUUAGCACUGCGAGGACUGUGGGGAGAAGGGUGGAUCGGUCUUAGCCACAGUUGGGAAGUUGGGAUGGUGUAGUGGACGGUGCAAAGCCAGAGGAGAGGAGCUUUAAGCUGAAGAUGCAGGUGUCAGCAUGGCUGCUGUGGGUGGCAUGGCUGUGUACCUGGACCGAGGCGGCGCGCCACUGCCAAUGCCAGUGCGCAUGCCUACCUGACGAGCAGGUGGCACAGAGAUCAGAGAGGUCAGAGGGAAGAGGGCACCUUCGCCAUCGUCUGGCACACCAGCGGGCAUCACACAGGGAGAGGGCCCAUCGCAGGAAAGGUUCCAGGCUCGUUUCAGAUAGUGGCCUUCCCCGUAUUGUCCACCAUCCCUCUGAUGUGGUGGUGCGGGUGGGCAGCCCGGCCACGCUAUCCUGCAGGGCAGAGGGCAACCCUGAGCCCACCAUUGAGUGGCUCAGAAAUGGCCAACCACUUGAUAUAAGCAAGAUGGAUGCGCAAUCACAGCCUAUCGUUUUACCAGAAGGAAGUUUGUUCUUCUUCAGCGUCGUCCCCGGCCGAAAGAGUCAGUCCCAUGAAGCAGUGUAUGCCUGCGUUGCUCGGAACAGCGUCGGGAUUGCGACCAGCAGAAACGCCUCUCUUCAUAUAGCAGCUCUGCGAGAGGACUUCCGUGUGCAGCCCAGUGGCGUGGAGGUGGUGGUUGGUGAGGUUGCUGUGAUGGAUUGCAGCCCACCCGUGGGACAUCCUGAGCCCAACGUCACCUGGAGGAAAGACGGGAUCCCCAUCAACAGCAGCAAUGAACAUUAUAGUGAACUGAAUGGUAAACUGAUAAUUGCUCCAGCCCAGAAGAAUGACUCUGGAGUUUACAGCUGUAUAGCCUCAAACAUAGUUGGAGUGAGGGAAAGCCGUGCCGCUCGGCUGUCUGUUUUAGCUAAGCCAAUGUUAUUGCGUAAACCAGAGGAUGUCUCUGUGCAGCUUGGGGAGUCAGCACAGUUUUUCUGUGAGGCUGACGGAGACCCCAUGCCUUCUGUAGAGUGGAGCCGAGACCAAGGACCUCUACCCAAUGGCAGAUAUUUAAUCAACCCAGACCACAGUCUGCAAAUCCACUAUGUGACGGCUCAGGACAUGGGCAGGUACACCUGCACUGCAGAGAAUAAGCUCGGGGUGUCUGUGGCCAGCGCACAGCUUCUUGUAGAGGAUACAGGAAGCACUAGACUGCGAGACCUACACAAGGAGCUGUCUGCCUUACGUGUGAGCCUGGAGAACGUCACAGUUAUGAGCACAGCCUCCAACAUGUCUCAAGUCAUGUGGAGGUUGCAGUCGUCUAUGUCACAGCCUCAUUAUCUUGAAGGCUUUGAGGUGCUGUAUCGCUCUCUCCUGCCUGCCAGCUCAGAGUGGACAGCUCAAAGGGUUCCUCAGCCUGGCCUUCACACUCAUGUGGGACCUCUGAAGAGAGGCUACAAGUACGAAUUCAAAGUCAGACCCUACGGCGGGAGCCUGUACGGCAGGGAGAGCAACACCAGACACUUACGAGUGCCAGAGAUAGUUCCCAGCGCACCACCUCAGGAUGUGUCCAUAACAAUGCCCACUGACCGUAAUGACACCGCGCACCUCAGCUGGGAUCCUCCCCCUCAUGACGCUCACAAUGGGAUCAUUCAGGGAUAUCAGGUGUGGUGUGUGGAGUCUGAGGAACUGAAGUCUUUUAACUGGACAGUGGACAGUGGAACACACAGUAUUGAGAUCAGCACGCUGCAGCCCGGCAGGCUGUACUGGGUCACAGUGACUGCCGUAAACGGGGCGGGAGUGGGGGUCCAGAGCGACCCAUACAAACUGCUCAUAGAGUCGAGGCAGGAGUCAGCACCGCAUCAGACAGGCAUACUCAGUAUGUCUCAUUUCCUUGCUGUGAUUAAAGAGCCGGUAUUCAUUGGAAGCGCUGGCACCCUCCUGUGGUGUGUUUUGAUGAUUACUGCCCUGUUUUUGUACAGGAGACAUGUCAGACCCGCCAACCUGGGAGGCAAAAGCUCAGGCUUAUAUAGACUGGAAAGUGAAGAUCUCAUUAUCAAACACAGAAUGGCGGCACCAGACUCUCCGUGGAUCUCUGGAGGCUGGAGGCCAGACUCCAGCAGUGAGCCCAAGCAGGGCCUUUGGACCCAUAAGCAGGACAACUCUGGCUUCCGGAGGACCACUCUGCCCAUUACGGCUAAAAAGGAGCCAAACCCCCUGCGGUCAGCCGUCCCCAUUGUACCAGACAACUGCGGCGUCUAUGGCACCUUUUAUGUGGAUCUAACCGGCAAUGGACUGAAGACGUUUAAUAGUCCGGGUCGCUGUCCCAGAAUGCCCCACGGCAACUCUCAACUGCAUAACUCCGAGACUGUUCGCAUCACCGAACCCAUCGUCAAAACCGCCGUUGUGAGGGAAGUGCAGGCAUUGCCAUGGAAACGUGCCCUCCCUUCCCAGCCCAACAUGGGAGUUCUGAAGGAAUCGUGGGAGAAAAAUUACAAGCGUGAGCUGCACACGGUGAAAAGUGCCCCAUUAAUGCCCGUGAAUCAACACGCUCUGGCAGUGUGCAGUGGACCAAACAACCAUCAGCAAAGAUUCAGUCAGCACCCUGCAGGUGGUGUAUCAGAGCAUGUGAAGCUGCCAAGUUCUCCACGUAUCCUGCAUUACUCCACCUCUCUGCAGCUGGUGGACAUGUUACCCAGCCCUCCGCCUCUUCCAGUAGAGGACAACCACAGCCUCAGCUCAGAGGACGAGUCGACCAGAUCCACCAAGCUGACGGUCGACAUCGGCUCUCAGCAGUCUGUGUGUGCUGCCUCUGGGCUCCAGGGGUUCACUAUGUCCACUACGAGCUGUCCAACCCACCACAGCCCAGCCCAGCUCAGCCCGUCCUAUAGCCACCUGUCCACUGCCUCCUUCUGUCUCUCCACCGAUGACUACCAGGACACCACGCUCAGUACUCAGGGCCACACUCAGUACAUGGAGAUCAGCCCUAAACCACAGGGGCCGAGUUCUCCAUCAAUGCCCCGUCCAUUCUCUCCCACGCCCACGUUCGGUUACAUCUGCGGGCCUGUCGACCAGGAGAUGGAUGAUGAGCAGGGGUGCCAGCCGAUCGGACUCAGGGGAGCCACCCUGAGAAGCACGCCCUCCUCCUGUUACAGCGAAUGGGAGGGCUCGUUGUGGAACGGCUGGGGUUCGGUGUCCGAGAGCAACGUGGCGAGCGCUCGAACGAGCAUCAUCAGCUCUUCUGACUGCUCGUUCAUAAACGAUGCGAACUUUGCCCGCGUCCUGGCUCUGACAGCCGAAUCUAUGAGCGGUACUUUAUCAGAUUUCUCCCCGCCUGCAUCCCCCCUGAGUGUUCUGUUCCCCCCUCGAGAGUGUUUUGGAGAGCUGGAGCCGCUGCCCGUGUGGGACUGGAGCACCGCGUGGGUGGAGGAGCUGGAGGCCCAGUUCAAAGCCUCCAGAGAGACCAGAAGAACCGCCACGUCUAGCAGACACUCAGGCAUUGAGCACUGGAGAGGACAUCUGGAGACCCCCUCGCACCGAUGAUCGACUUGUACACGCUUAAGGGUUGUUUAUGGACUACAUUUCCCUGCGU